AUGAGUCACGAGCACAACGAAUUCACGGCUCACAACCGUGAUACUUGGGACUCGAAAGCAAAAGACUACGAUGCAAAGCCCUGGCAGAAGAAGAUAGCAGCUCAAGUCGCUUCUGCAUUGACGUCUCACGCCGACUGGUUAGGAGCGAACCGGACCUCUCCCUCAAACAACGAAUGCAAACUCCUAGACUAUGCAUGUGGAACCGGAAAUGUAACUCGAGUAAGCAUCUCCCCUUCUCUUCGCCCAAAACAUCAAAUGCAAGGCUCUGAUACGAAAUGUAACAGGNCAUUGUCCAACCACAUAACCCACGCAACAGGUCUAGACAUUUCCNCCCAAAUGCUAGACCAAUACACCACUCUCCUCUCCUCAUCCCACCCAUCCCUGCAUCUCACCACCGCAAUCGCAGAUUUCUGCUCUGAGACCACUAACGCCACAAUCUUCAACUCCUUCGAUAUCGCAGGCGUAGCCCUAGGAUUUCACCACUUUAGCAACCCUACUUUGUGUAUCUCCAACCUUUUCUCUGUGCUCAAACCAGGAGGAGUAUUGUUUAUCGUUGACUGGCUUCCGAAGCAAGUUUCUGCUGACGAGCAUAUUGGACAUCAACAUGCGCAUCCCUCCAACCAUGCCUCCAAUCAUCCCGAAGCUGAAGCAGAAACAGAAGAGUGGAAANAGAUGCAGAAGACCAUCAAGACUAAUGGGUUUACAGAAAGUGAUAUGAGGGGCUUUNUUGAGGAGGCAGGGUUUACAGAGUUUGGGUUUGUGGUUUUGGAGGAAGGGUUUGUUUUGCAGAUGAAUGGGAAAGAAGUCAAAAAGACUGGGUUCAUUGCUAAGGGCAGGAAGGCGUAG